GCUUCUCUUCCUGGGUCAGAUCCUCCAUUGCGAGCUGGGAGCCCUGAUUGAGGAGCCGGCGGGGGGGCAGAGACCGGCAUUAACCCCCCUCUGUGCCCAAUCCAGGUGGGGACUUUCUCCGGUGGCUGGAACCGGGCUCUGCUGACCUCAGCUGGAGACUCCAGAGGAAUGACCCAAUGGUAAUGGAUUACUGAGCACCAGAGGCUCACUUCAGAGAAGGAAAACUUGCAGACAGCAGGUGAAGAGAUGCUGAGUGAGAAUGAAGAGGAGAAUCUCCAGUAGGGAACCCCUAAGCAAGUGGAGCUGCAUGGGACGUUAUCAGGAAGAUCUAAAUGGAACGUUUCCAGGAGAGUUGACCACAGAAAAUCUUGUGAGAGUCAUUGCAGGUCAGAGGGACAGCAGAGAAACCAAUUGUGGAAGGAAGUAAUUAAAUACAUUACUUGUGAGGAAGGGUGCAAAGACCUGAAGGAAACCACAGCCCAGCAGAGAAUCCACACACGAGAGAAAAAACACACGCACAAUGCACAGCAAAAACUUCAGUUCGAGAUUGCACUUUAUUAGACACCAGCAAACCCAGACAAGAGAGAAACUUUAUAAAUGCUUUGAGUGUGGAAAAAGAUGUAGUGACAACUCGCACCUUAUUAGACAUCAAAGAAUUCACAUGGGAGAGACCCUGUAACUGCAUUGACUGGGCGUUGGUUUAGCAACAGAAGUACACUUUAUUAGGCAUCAGAGAACCCCCACACAGGAGAGAAACUCUGCAAAUGAAUUGACGGUGAGAAACGUUUUUUUCAGAGCUCACAUCUUAUUUCACAUCACAGAAUCCAGACAGGAGAGAAACUAUGUAAAAGCCAAACCUGUGGGAUACAUUUCAAUCAGAGGUCAAACCUUGUUUGAUAUCAGAGAGUCCAUACAGGAGAGGCGCCCUAUAAAUACCUUGACGGUGGGCAAAAUUUUAGUGACGACUCACAACUUAUUACACAUCAAAGUGCCCACAUGGGUGAGAGACCCUAUAAAUGCUUUGACUGUGGGAAACGUUUCCUUCAGAGCGCACAUCUUAUUGCGCAUCAGCGAACCCACACGGGAGAAAUGCCCUAUAAAUGCCCCGACUGCGGGAAAAGCUUCAAUCGAAGUUCAAACCUGGAGAGACACCAGAUAGUCCACAUACGAGAAAAAGCACAUAAAUGCCUUGACUCUGGGGCAAAGGUUAGUGAUAAGUCACAACUUACUACACAUCACAGAAGCCACUCAGAAGCAAAACCCUAUGUAUGCAAGGACUGUGGGAACAGUUUCAUUCAGAGCUCAGAUCUUAUUGUGCAUCAGAGAGUUCAUACCGGAGAAACACCCUAUAAAUGCCCCGACUGUGGGAAAAACUUCACUCGAAGUUCAAAUCUUACUAGACAUCAGAGAACCCACACGGGGGAAAAAACCCAUAAAUGCCUGGACUGUGGGAAAAGUUUCAUUCAGAGCUCAGAUCUGAUUGUGCAUCAGAGAGUUCAUACUGGAGAAACACCCUAUAAAUGCCCCGAAUGUGGGAAAAACUUCACUCGAAGUUCAACCCUUACUAGACAUCAGAGAAUCCACAGGGGGGUAAAAACUCAUAAAUGCCUGGACUGUGGGAAAAGUUUCAUUCAGAGCUCAGAUCUAAUUGUGCAUCAGAGAAGCCAUACAGGAGAAACACCCUAUAAAUGCCCCGACUGUGGGAAAUAUUUCACUCGGCGUUCCAACCUUAUUAGACAUCAGAGAAUCCACACAGGGGAAAAACCCCAUACGUGCCUGGACUGUGGGAAAAGUUUCAUUCAGAGAUCAGAUCUUCUUCAGCAUCAGAGAAUCCACAUGAGAGGGGGGAAAACGUAAAAGCCUCCACUUGUGAGCAAAAGUUUGGUGACAAGUCACGUCUUACCACACAUUGGAGAACCCAUGUUGGAGAAAGUUCUUAUUAAUCCCCGGACUGUGGGAAAAGUUUCCAUCAGAGUUCAGUUCAUAUUUCACAUCAAAGGAUCCACAUGGCAGAGCGACUGUGUACGUACUCCUAAUGUGUGAACUGUUUCAUUCACAGCUCACAGCUUUGUAUACAUCAGAUAGUCCAUGCAGGAGAGAGACCCUAUAAAUCAGUGGUUCUUAACCUUUCCAGACUACUGUACCCCUUUCAGGAGCCUGAUUGGUCUAGUUUCACCUCACUUAAAAAUGACUUGCUUACAAAAGCACACAUAAAAACACAUCCUCUCCCAAGGCCCCUUCCCCCCCACCUGUGGGGUAUGAUUACACGGCAGUGUAGGUCUGAGCUCAUAUUCAUGCCAGCCCCCACUUCCAUCUAUUCACAAAUUUGCCUGACUUAGGCCAAUAAGUCCUUGGAACCUGGGCCUUAGGACCCGAAAAGGGGGGUGGGUGGGUCGGAGGCCCAGUCCUGUUGGAACUCGGGGUUCAUUUUGCAGCAUGGACUUAGCUGGGGCCCGGGUCUUCAGACUCGUGUUCUGAAAGUCCACUAGUGCUACCCCACAAUCCCCUGGGUGUUUGGCCCUGCCGUUGUGUUCUGACCUCUGAGCUGCAAACAGAGAGAUCUGUCCCCUGCGUUAGCUACGGCCGCUGGUAAGAGGACACCCUUUGCCCAGUGCGCUAGUCAUGGGACUAGCGUCAGCUUCUGAUCAAUCUGCGGUCUCAGGUGAGCCAGACAUUGGAGUCGGUGAGAGCACCGGAAAUGACCAGGUGUACCAGAAAAUAGCUGGCAGCCUGGCAGAGUUGGGGAUUAAUCAGACCCAUGACCAGUGCAGGGAGCCAGGGCUGGCUUUAGGGGUCAGUUGGCUGGGCCGCUGUGCUGGGGGGGGGGCGUAUUGGUCCCUCCCACCCACCUGCCCUGCCGACAGCCAGUGGGCUUGGAGGCAGCCAGACAGGUGCAGCAGUGCCUGGAGAGGGCAGACAGACCAAGCUGCAGUGGGGGUGGCUGGUAACUCCUCCGAAGCGGGGGUGCCCCUCCUCCCCUGCUGCCCUGCUCCACUGGGUCUGCAGCUGCUGCUGCUCCUGCUACCCUCACCCCCACAGAGCCACCCCAGCCAAGCUCGGGACCUGGAGCCUGCCUCCUGUCUGCAGUGGGGGCAGGGGGCUCGGAUCUCAGGGUGUCCCCCUCCCCUCACCUGCGUACCCGGUAUCCACUGAGCUGGCAGUGAGGGGGAGCAUGUGUGUGCCGGUGAGUCUGGGUGCCCAGUGGGUGCUGCCAGUGCUGCUGUUCCGGCUCCUGAAUGCUCUGCUUAAAGAGACAGUGUGCUGACACACUCACUUUGGAACACUCACACUUCCCUGAUACACAC